CCGGGGUGACGGCGGGAGAGCUGGCGGCCUGGAGGAGAGGGAGGGAGAGCGCGUCCCAGCAGCAGAGAUUUCUGCUGUGAGAAUUACCAGAAACAAUUCACUAUGGGGGAUAUUUUGGCCCAUGAAUCUGAAUUACUUGGACUGGUGAAAGAGUAUUUAGAUUUUGCUGAAUUUGAAGACACCUUGAAGACAUUUUCAAAAGAAUGCAAAGUAAAAGGAAAGCCAUUAUGUAAAACUGCAGAUGGAUCAUUAAAGAAGGACUCCAAGUCGCUGAUAAUCCAGAAGGAUCUGCUGGCAGCGUUUGACAGUGGAGACCAGAAGGUGUUCUUCGACUUGUGGGAGAGACACAUUCUGAGCUCCCUCCGAGAUACUGACUCUGUGGCCCAGAAGCUGGAAUUCUACCUUCACAUCCAUUUUGCCAUCUAUCUUCUGAAGUGCUCUGGAGGCAGGCCGGACAAACAGGAGCUAGAUGAGAGGAUUUCUUAUUUCAAAACCUACCUGGAGACAAAAGGGGCUGCCCUGAGCCAGACCACAGAGUUUCUUCCCUUCUUUGCCCUCCCCUUUGUGCCCAAUCCUAUGGUCCACCCCUCAUUUAAAGAGCUCUUCCAGGAUUCUUGGGCUCCAGAGUUAAAGCUGAAGCUGGAAAAGUUUUUAGCAUUAAUUUUUAAGGCCAAUAACACGCCAAAGCUUUUAACCAUCUAUAAGGAAAGCGGACCGACUAGCAAAGAAAUGCUGCAGCAGCUCCACCACCAGCUGGUAGAGGCCGAGCGCCGAGCCAUGACCUACCUGAAGCGGUACAAUAAGAUCCAGGCCGACUACCACAACCUCAUCGGAGUCACAGCCGAGCUGGUAGACUCGCUAGAGGCCACAGUCAGUGGCAAGAUGAUUACUCCUGAGUACCUGCAGAGUGUCUGCGUCCGCCUUUUCAGUAACCAGAUGCGGCAGAGCCUGGCACACAGCGUGGACUUCACAAGGCCUGGGACGGCCUCAACCAUGUUGCGAGCCUCCUUGGUUCCUGAGAAGUUGAAGGAUGUCCCAUUACUGCCCUCCCUGGAUUAUGAGAAACUGAAGAAGGAUUUGAUUUGGGGGAGUGACCGCUUGAAAGCCUUCUUGUUGCAAGCUCUGCGCUGGCGCUUGACUACAUCUCAUCCUGGAGAGCAGAGGGAGACAGUCUUGCAAGCCUACAUCGGCAAUGACCUCCUGGAUUGUCACAGCCACAACCAGCGGAGCGUGCUGCAGCUGCUGCACUCCAAGAGCGAUGCUGUGCGUCAGUACAUGGCCAGGCUCAUCAAUGCCAUGGCGUCCCUGGCCGAAGGUCGCCUCUACCUUGCCCAAAACACAAAGGUGCUGCGGAUGCUGGAGGGAAGGCUGAAGGAGGAAGACAAGGAUGUCAUCACUCGUGAGAAUGUCCUCGGGGCCUUGCAGAAAUUCAGCCUCAGGCGCCCAUUGCAGACGGCCAUGAUUCGCGAUGGCCUCAUCUUCUGGCUGAUUGACCUUCUGAAGGACCCCGACUGCCUGUCUGACUACACACUGGAGUACUCUGUGGCUUUGCUCAUGAACCUCUGUCUCCGCAGUGCAGGAAAGAACAUGUGUGCGAAGGUGGCAGGAGUCGUGCUAAAAGUUCUUUCGGAUCUCCUUGGCCAUGAAAACCAUGAGAUACAGCCGUAUGUGAACGGAGCCCUGUACAGCAUCCUUUCCAUCCCGGCCAUUCGUGAGGAGGCCAGAGCCAUGGGAAUGGAGGAUAUCCUGCGAUGCUUCAUCAAAGAAGGCAGCGCCGAAAUGAUCCGCCAGAUAGAGUUUAUCAUCAAGCAGCUAAAUUCUGAAGAUUUACUGGAUGGUGUUCUUGAAUCCGAUGAUGAUGAAGAUGAAGACGAUGAAGAGGAUCAUGACAUCAUGGAAGCUGACCUGGACAAAGAUGAACUGAUCCAGCCCCAGCUUGGAGAACUCUCAGGCGAGAAGCUUCUAACCACAGAGUACUUGGGAAUCAUGACCAACACAGGGAAGGCACGGAGGAAAGGGCUGGCCAGUGUACAGUGGAGUGGGGAUGAGCCCCUGCGUCGGCCAGUCACCCCUGGUGGCCACAGGACGGGGUGCCCAGUGCUGGGAGACCAUCUCAUUUCUCCCCAGGAUGCCCAACAAGCCAGAAGCAGUUGCCUGCAGUCGGACAUUCAGUCGGACAUCUGCAAAGAGGGCAAGCCUGGUGUCGCUGGGCAUGGCAGGUCUUCUCCAUCAGUUUUGGAUCAGAAGCCAAGAGAGCAGUUACCAGCUGGACACAAGGAAGAGCCUCCUGUGAUUUCCACAGGAGCCCCCAGUCGGCCAAGGGAGGUGAACCAGGACCCAAGCAGCGGACACACCACCAGCGGGCACCACCCCCGUAGUGUCUGCAGGACUCCACCUCUCAGUGGUAUGUAGAAUCCGCAGAAGCUCCUUUCCCGUGAUGUCUGCAGCGCACGGCUCUGCCUCUCUGACCAGUCUGUCAGAGCUACGCAACUGGAGUUUGUCUACGAAAUCAGGUGCUCCUUGGUUCUGGGUCUCCUACAGUGAGGGCAGGGACUAAAAUUAAAGCUCUCAGAGGGGUAACCACAGUCUCCUUACUUCGCUACUUGCUCGCACACCAUAUGGGUCAUCUCCGCUGUUCAGCUAUGCCAAAUCUGC